CCUCGUAAAAAUUUUCCCACUGACUUCCUCCUUAGAGAAACAAUUCGGAAUUUCCAAUAUUUUGUAGGUUAAGUUUAUAAGAUUUGGAUUGAGUUUUUGCCUUCAUCGAAAGAUGCUUACUACUGGUGUAUGAUAUACUACAAGGAUUCGGAUUUGCACAAUCGGUGGUUUUGUUUACUAGGGAUGAACAAUAAGCUGCAAACAAUCAAAACAAGUGAUUUUGAAGUGCAGUGGCUUUAGGUUUUUGUGUUGGCGGACCAUGACGUUUACGUGUCUACGUAAGUUGUGGAAUAGCUGGAGUUGGAGAAGUAAGCAGCAGAAAGAAGAGCUCGAAAACCCGAAUGGCGACCCUCUGAAUCCGAAUUCAUUGCUGGAUUCAGAUACCUUGACGAAGAGCAUGGACUCUUCUUACUACAGAAGAGUUAAGAAACAAAAGCAAAAGAGUCUAGAGGAGAAGAAACUUGAGAAAGAGCAUGAUGUUGUUGUAGUUCCGGCAGACGGUUUUUCAGGCUCUGAAUCAGAAUCAGAUGAUUCAGACUGGUCGAUUGGAUGGUUGGAACCCCAUAGUUCAAUCACCGAAUCAGACGACAGUUUUGCUGUGCUUGUUCCCUGUUACGGACAUCGAUCCGAGGGCGAUAAGUAUUCUAAAGGCAAGCAUCUUCCGGAGAAGUAUUCCAAGGGCAUUGCUGAUGAUCUGUAUGGUGAUGAACAGAGCAAGAAGAAUGUGGAACAGUGGUUUUCCUCUUUGAAAAUCCUGAGUCAAUCAGCGAUCUUCUAA